GUUCUUUUCAUGACCUAAAUAGAAUCUUCAUACACAUGGUUAUUAUCUAAUGUAAGUAUUGAUAAACGCUAAUAUCUCAAAGAUAAACUAAACUAAACUUUAAGUUAUACAGAUUUUAAGCGAAAUAAUGAUCGUGAUCUAAGUGUAGAAGUCGUGACAAAUUAUGAAUUCGUAUAAAGUCCAUAGCUAUAAAUACACUUGCACGAAGAGUAAAUUUGUUUUGUCUAAUUUGCAAAUAACUACUACACAAAUAACCCUUAUCCAUGGCAAAAGUUGGUAAAGGCAUACAAGCAUGUUUAUCAUGGGUCCAUGAAAGAGAUGGUCGUGUACCAUCCAAUGCUGUGGAAGCUGGUGAUGGAGUUUACAUAGCUCGUGUGUAUCAUUCUGGUGAUUUAAUCCCUGGAAAAGUGGUACCAAAUUUGGGCAAAGCAUAUGCUAGUUAUGCUGGUAAAGAAUAUGAAUUUGAUUCAUAUGAAGUGUUGUGUGAUACAAAAUUACCUUUUAGAUCUCAAGGCUGUUAUAAGUGGGAACGAUACAGUGGUGGAAGUGUUCCAAAAUAUGCUGUCGUUGGUGGUAUCACCUCUUUUGAAGAGCCAUUGUACAUUGCUCGUGAACAUAUUGAUGGGGAACGUGUAGUUGGAAAGGUAAAUUUUAACCCAUUGAUCUUGGUUUCAAAUAUUAAGCGAUUUUUUGGAAUUCACUCAGUUAUUCUUAUAAAUAAAAUAUGCGUUCAGAUAUUAGAUCCACUGUUUACUUAGUACUGAAGCAUCUUUGUCUCGUGUGAUUGGUGCAUCAUAAGUGAUGAAGUAUACAGUUAGCAGUAAGUUAGACUGACCUAAUUGUUUUCUCAGUUUCUAUGAUCAGAACCAAACUCAAAACAUUUACUACUUUUGGUUUUUGUAGGGAUUUUGUUUGACUGCAUGGAGGAUUUAAUCAUGAGCUGACAUCAGUUAGAGAACCACCGUUGACAAGUAUGAGUAAUUAAUGUUACUGGGAUGUGCAAAAAAAGGAAAUAAUUCAAUAUAAUUCGAUAUGGCCCACUUGUAAGCACCUAUUUCUACUAAAACAGGAUGAAAUUAUAGUGCCAUCAAGCUGUUUCAACUCAUGACUUGUCAUUUUCUUCGCAAAGCCUUAAGUAUUGUAUAUUUUACAAAGAUGCUUUUUAAUAAUUUAAUUAGUUGGGUACCACUUUUGUAUGAACUGAAGCAGUUGUUGAAUCUAGAAACUUUGGCAAAUUAAUUGACUCUUACAAGCAUAAGAAAUUAUUAUCUAAGGACUAUAUUGUAAUCCAGAUGUAUUUUCACUUAUACUUCAAGUUAUGGAUAGCAGAGUUUAAAUUAAAUUUAACCUAUUGCACAAUGAUUGUUCUGGUUCAUACCGAAAUCCCUUCAUGUAUAACAUAUUCACAACAUCACAAUUAUUCAUACUUUCAUUGAGUUUACUUUUUACUUUUUGACAUCAUCAAUUUUAUAACUCAAAAAGCAUUAACAAAAGACUAACGUCUUUCAUAAACUGACAAGUUGUAUCCAAAAUAGGAGAGACAAAUGGACGUAUAUUAAGGGAAAUAAAUCACUGACUGUUUUAAAAAAAAUCGGUAUUUGUGUUCAUUUCCAUGUUAAGUUGUGAGAAUUACUUAUUAUUUGUUAUUUCUUCACGUUUCCAUUGCAGCAUAAGGCUUCAGGCUACAGUUUUGAAGUUUCGGUAUCAAUGGCAUUAAUUUUUUGCGGAAUGGGGUUGCUAGCCUCACGCCCAACCUUCCUUCUUUACUAGUCUUAUCGUGAUGAGAGCUAGCUGCUAGCUAAACUGGUAGACAGUAGUUUACGUCCUCAAUAUUGGUCGUGAGAAAAAUAUGAACAAAGACUGAUUCAACAACCAAUCUCAGCAGACUUUGAGAAGGUGGAUACAAUUUGCAGAUAGACAAUCUGAACUUCAAUAAACGGCCACAAAGAGAUGAAAGAUUAACUUUCAGUGAGAAACAGCCAAUCUGAAGAUUGUGUUUUUCUACUAACAAUAAUCUUUAAUAAUGUACAUGAAAAUCUAUAAAUAUGUGUUGAUUUCCUUAUUAAAGGAUCUGUUGCCCGGCCCUUGUCUUCUGGCUUAGUGAGAUUAAGGAGUGCAUCAGCCGGGGAUCGAACCCCGAACCACCUUUGUGGUCGGUCAGCAUUCUAGCACACCUUAACUGUGAAAAUAGCAAAUUAUUAUUAUUAUCGUUUAUUCAUCAAAUGAGACGUUUUUGUUAAUCAUGCUGCUAAUAUCAUCUGUCACCUGAGAAAUUAGAUUAAAAGGUAUAUUCCCUGAUAGUAGAUGCGAUUUCACACUCUUUUUCCUCUUCAUCUUAUUACAGAUUCAUGAAGCACAUGGAUGUGCCUACUUCCCUUAUGGUGGUGAAGAAAGAAAAAUGCAUCAUUAUGAAGUUCUUGUGUUGAUUAAAUGAUAUCAUGGAAAAGUGUCUCCAUCACAUCGGCAUAAUAAAUUUCCUUCAAUGUCAUUAUUUUUGUUUGAUGAAUCAGUAAAUUUUAUAUAUAUUUUAUCUGUCAUUACUUAUUUAUUACAUGAUGAUUGAAAUCUUAAUGAAAUAGUCUUGAAUUCAAGUGAUAAAUUGGUUUUCACCUCUUACUAAUAUUAUCAUUACAAAGGCUCUCAACUCAAGUCCUGUGAAUAUAUUAAUGACCUCUUUUAUUGAAAUAAAACUGUAUUGCUUCUCAGUACGUGGUUGAGUACUUUUCGGGGAUCUCUAAUUGAAUACUGAUCAGAUUUUACUGUUUAUUUUACAAUAUGUAGAACAGAACUGCU